AUGAAUGGAAUCGACCAAGAUGUAUUCAAAGCAUACAAUGUGUUCCAAAACGAGGAAUUGACUCGGACACUGGGAGACUGUCAGACGUUUUCUGAAGACCAGAUGACUGAAAGAGAAUUCACUCUGAAACAUGUAUUCAAUGAUGUCGGUAAACUGGAAAAUUAUCAAGAUCUCUAUAGUCCAGAAGAAGAACAUUUUGGGGUCGAUUGGAGUAUUAACAUGGAUAGAUAUGAUAACCAUCUCGGGAUUUUUUUAAUCCCAAAUGACACUAAAAACCAAGAAAUUGGCGUUGAUUGUAGCAUGAAAAUUGUUUCAAAAAACAAGGAAAAGACUUGUUCAAUGUCUAUUAGUUGUGUGUUUGGCUCUCGGGACUAUCGGGGUUUUCGAAGAUUUAUUGACUGGGGAACUCUGGAAAAUGAAUACUUGGAUGACGGAAAACUGGAAGUGGAGGUUCAUGUGAAGAUAACAAAAACAAUGGAGAUUCCGGAAGAAAUUAUCGGAUUUCCCAGAAAAGAUUUAAGAAGUUUUGGAGAGGAUAUGGAACAGGUCUACGAUUACCUCUCUGCUCAUUCUCCUUAUUUCAACACUCUAUUCCUUGGAAAAUUUCAAGAAGCUGAAAAAUCAGAAAUCGAAUUGAAAGAUGUCGAUCCUCAAGACUUCCAAUACUAUCUGGAGGUUCUCUAUCUAGAAGAUGAAAUAGAUGGUGGGCUACUGUAUUUGUCGUAUUUUUCGAAGUUAUCAACUUUAGAUGAUAAGAAACUCUGCCUGGAUCAAAUCAAAUCAAAAGAGGAUAUUCGUUCGGUUGUUCCAGAGGAUCCCAAGGGAAUGGACAAUGAAAUUCUUGCAGAGCUAUUCAAAAAAUCUCUAGCUUUCAAUUGA